AUGUACACAAAUUUGAAUGAUUCAGGGGAUAAUGUAGUUUUAGAAAAAACUAAUUAUAGCGAUAAAGCUACUUUAUUAAAAUCAUCAUAUGAUGACAAUAACGCACCAGAUAGCUCAAUUGCAUUAGAAUUUGGAGCCAAUACUAGCAGCACUCAAGGUGUUUAUUAUAGACAUGUUAAACCAGAGCAACUUCGUCAAGUUUUGGAAACUUCACGUGUUGAUGAGGAAGUUAUGAGAUCAUCAUCAAAGAAAUCAAGAAAGUUUUAUGAAAAACAAAAUGAAUUGAUCGAUCAAAUUCUCGAACCAAUUGAAGUCAAGGAUAAUGAUGAAGAGGAGGUAGAAGAUUUUAAAGUCAAGAUUGCUAUCAAUGGUUCAUUAUUGGUUAAUGUUGUAUUGUUUGCUUUACAAAUUACAGCUGCAAUUCUUACAGGUUCAAAAGCUUUAAUUGCUACAUCAGUUGAUGCUUUUAUGGAUUUAUUAAGUGGUUUCAUUUUAUUCAUGACAGCUCGUUAUCGUAAGAAAAAGAAUUUCUUCCUUUAUCCAACUGGUAAAAGUCGUUAUGAACCAAUUGGUAUUCUUAUUUUUGCAGCACUCAUGUCAACAGUUUCAUUAAAUCUUAUUUGGGAAGGUGCAUCAACAUUAAUUAAACAAGAUAAAGACUUUGAACUUGAUUUAAUGUCAACUCUUUUUGUAGUUUUCGCUAUUGGUUGUAAAAUAGUUAUGUUUAUCUAUUGUCGUCAAUUAACUCAUUCAAGCAGUGCUAUGAUCUUAGCAACUGAUCAUCGUAAUGAUAUUACUGUAAAUUCAUUUGGUAUUGGUAUGGCUAUUUUAGGUAAAUAUGUAAGAUGGUGGUUAGAUCCAAUUGGUGCUUUAAUUGUUGCUUUAAUUAUCUUACGUUCAUGGGUUUCUGAAGCAUAUGAACAAAUUGGUUUAUUAGUUGGUAAAUCAGCCUCACCAGAAUUCCUUCAAAAACUCACUUAUAUUGCUGUUACUCAUCACCCAGAAGUUCUUCAAGUUGAUACAUGUCGUGCCUUCCACGUUGGUAAUAACCUCUAUGUUGAAGUUGAUAUCGUUCUUCCACCAACCAUGCCAUUAGUUAAGACCCAUGACAUUGGUGAAUCACUCCAAGAAAAACUCGAAUCAUUAGGUGAAGUCGAUAGAGCAUUUGUACAUGUUGAUUAUGAAUACAGACAUAAACCAGAGCACAAAAAAGUUCAUUAG